UUUCCUAUAAAUACAGUCUAUCACUCAACCUAACAAAUCAAUUAAACUUCAAACCUUGAGGAGCAAGAGUCUCAUUCAACUAGUAAUAUCAUCAAUGGCUUUAUCCGAAGAAACGAUGUCGAAAUGCUCAGUACACCUGAGUGCUUACAAAUCCGCUUGUGAAGACCACCCAGAGCUCAAAUCCUUUAAUCUUGCGCUUCAGGAGCGAGCCAACAAAGUGAUAGACUCACUCACCACUGGAGCUGAGACUGGGACCGGGUAUUUGUCCCAACACGAAAUACACAUGGAGGUCUCCAAGCACCUCUUUGAAGUUAGCCAAGAUGUGGCAAACUUCAUUAUUGAAAGCGAAAACAAUGUGUGGGAGAGCAAAGCUCUAAACUCUUUGGUCACUGCCUAUUUUGAAAAUACCUUGAAGACUUUAGAGAUUUUCGAUAAUGUAAUGGAUUGCGUGGAGAAAGCAGAAAUUGGCCGACUUUACAUUCAAGAGGCCGUGGCACAGUUCGAAAAAGAGUCGGCAGAAAAUGAUGUUGGGGGAAAGAAGAAGAGGUAUGAAAAAACCUUGGAGAAGCUGAAGAAGUUUAAAGCCAUGGGAGAUCCUUUUGAUGGCCGCGAGCUCACGAAUCAGUUCAAGUUGAUCCAAAAGCAGCAGGAGUCCCUUCUACAAGAAGUGAGUGAGGCUAAAACAAAGCUUGAUGAGGAAGUAAAGAAGCUUGCUGAGGAAUAUGCUAAAGCACAAAAGCAAAGUAAACUUGCGAAUGUGCUUUUCGGCGCUACGUUUUGCAUUGUUGCUGUCGGAUCAAUAGCUCUAAUUGCAUCAGGGGUGGGUGCGCCUUUAGGCAUUGUAGGGGUUGUAUCAUUACCAGUGAUUGCGGUUGGAUGGGUAGGCGUACACACUUUCUUGGAGUCACGGAUGGAUGCUCUGAAGAGACAGCAGGAAGCUCUCGCGAGACUGAACGAAAAUUUAUCAUCGGUGGAGCAUGGUAUAGUAACCAACGAAAGAGCAAUAGAGAACAUAUCUGAACAAGUCCACCAUCUAGAAAAAAAGAUCACGUCUCUUUUAAAACUAGUGGAUGAGGCUAUUGAGGAUGAAGGAGAUGAGGUGGACACUAAACUUGCCCUCCACUUAAUCAGAGACAAAGUAACCAAACUAACAGAGACACUCAAGGAGAUUGGUGAAACAGUGGAUAAACUUAACAAACUGAUCCGUGAGGCGAGACUUCACGUUCUGGAAAAGAUCAGCGGUUCUGUAAAAUAACAUCGUGGUUGACGUUAUGGAUGUUUGUUGUUCAAGAGUCUUAAAACCCAUAUUUUCUGUCUUAUAAUAAUAAAUGGGUUAUUAGGGUUUACAGCCCAGUGUACCGUUUUAUUUUACUUUGUAACGUCGUUUGACCAUCCGAGAGGAUUGGUUGAUAUAUAUGUACCUCUAUCCCGUAUGUAUUAUAAAUAAUUCGUGAAAUAAAUUUUGAAUAAACUUGCUGUAUUUUA